AUGGCCUUAUUAGAAUUGUUGAAAGUCUGCUUUGUUAAGGGUGAAAUUCCACAGGUGACUCGAAGAAAUGGUUCUGCGAUUGCUGAUCCCCAAGCCAAUCGAAUAAGGGAUUCGCGAUUAACUGCACAAUUUAUAGAAAAAUUUGAACAAAAAUAUGGUCGUACGCAUCCGGACUUUUUUCAAGGUUCUUAUUCUCAGUUAUUGUUAUCAUUUCUUCGAGAAAAUAAUGUUUUAGUAUGGGCCGGAAAUAUAAAAGAUCCAGAAGCAUUUCAAGUAAGUAGCACAUUACAAGCGACAACGUACCCAUUUGUGGCUGUGAUUGUUCUUGCAACGCCUCAUGGGAAUACUGGUACUGGUCCAAGAAUGACAGUAGUGGAUCGUAUUGAAGGAUCAUUGAGUCCUGAAAUACUUAUAGCACGAUUUACAAUUCUGUUAAGUCGUUACGGUCCUGGUCUACAACGGUUUCGUAAUGAGCGUGCUGAACGUGAUGCAGCACGCGAGAUUCGUGAACAACAAGAUAACGCUUAUCUUGCAUCGUUGGAGGCUGAUCGAGAAAAGGAACGUAAAGCACGAGAGUUGGAGGAUGCAAAAAAAUUGGCAAGUGAACGUGCAAAAAAAGAAGCAGAAGAGCGCAUGUUGUUAUUAGCAAACAAAGAAAAAUGGAGAAGGUGGGCUUUAACACAGUUACCAAAUGAGCCCAAUCAAAAUGAAACAGAUGUUGCAAGUUUAAGUUUUCGACUGGUAAAUGGUGAGAGGGUAGUAAGAAGGUUUAGGGCUGAUGAUACUGUUGAGAUGGUUUACAUUUUCGUUGAUACAUAUCAUAUUCGAAAUGAAACAUCUUCAUCGGCUGAUGUCCAGCCACCAAAAGACUAUGAACAUAAUUUUGAUUUCUUGCUCGUUUCAUUUCCACGAACUGUACAUCAGGCAGAUAAAUUCAAGACUAUUAAAAAUGAAAGCGGACUUUGGCCGUCUGCUAAUCUCAUUGUUGAAAGUUUAACAACUGAAGAUGAUGAGUGA